GCAGGGUGAUUUGGGGGAUUGGUGUGUAGUGCUUAGUGGCUGAAGCUGAUGGUUACAGCUUGAGUUUGGUGCUCCUGGAAGCUGAACAAUGGCUUUUGGACUGUGCUUACUGCUACUUUUGUUGGUGGUAACAGUACCUGUAUGUCAUGUUGAUGCUCAGAAAGGUAGCUUUCAUCCCCUGAGAGAUGCUGGAGUCCCUGUUGAUGUGUCUAGUUACUUGCAGAACAGACCAUCCAACUGCCUUAUUGAGCCUAACAAACUUGCCCAAUAUGCUGCUGCUGCCCAAAGUGGUUCUAGCACCCAGUUUUCCAACCAGAACAUUGGAACCCAUAGCAGCUCAAAUACUGUAACUAAUGUUGGGAAUUCUUGGGGCAUGAACUCUCAGGGUGGUUUGGGGUCUUUACAGAGGAACCUUCCUACUACAGGUUCCUGGGUAGACUAUGAUUCUGAUGCUAGUCAGAGCAAUAGUGGCUCUAGGCUGUCUGCUGGUACUUGGCCGGUAUAUGGUCUACCCCCAAACAUCCAUGUUACAAAGCCUGCCUUGACAAAUGCUGGCUCUCGUCAUGCCCAGAGUUCCCCAACUAGUUAUCCUGGUCAGACUGUAAUUCCCCAGGCUGGCUUUGCAUCUGCCCAGCAUCAUGUGAGUUCUGCACAUAGUGGCUUUGGGCCUGCUCACACUAACUUUAUUCCUGUUUGGAGUGGUUUGGGCUAUCAAGGUGGAUUUGGUACGCAUGCUGUAGGUCCACAUGGUUUUCCUUUUGGCCAUAGUGUGGGUGCUACACAAGGAGGCUAUGGCUCUUCCCCAGCUGUAGGCUUAUUCACUGGUUUGAGUCCUGACCAGAGCAACUUGGGUUCUAAACAUGGUAGACCUAGUUUGGGUCAGAGGGUAGUGAGCAGUGGCUUGCCUCCUGCACAGAGUGCUUAUGGCUCUUUCCAGGGUACUGGUCUUCAGGGUGGCUUGGUUUCUGUGCCAACUCAUGGCAUUGUGUAUCCUGGCCAACUUGCUAGUAGCACAAUGCCUGCUUACAGACAACUUUCCACUAACCUCUUGCCUGGGUAUGUUCUAGGCUCAACCAGUGUUCCUUCAAACAGCUUUGGCUUGACUUCUGCUCAGGUUGCAGGGGACCAGAGUGGUGUUGCUACUCAUGACAUAGGGUGUCGGGCAGGUCAUGGUCCUGCUCGCACCACUGUCCCCCAUGUAAGCUCAGGGCCAAUACAUUUUUUGGCACCUGCCCCAGUUGCAGCUUCCCAGGUUGACUUGCUGCCUUUGCAGGGCAGCCAUGGUUCUAGGCAGCCUGUACAAUCCCAGGGCAACUUCUUACUAGGUAGUCAAGGUGGAAUGGCUUCUGCUGCUCACACAGAGCAGCAGGAUGACUUUGGCUUGUCCCAGGGUGGCUAUGGUUCCAUGUGGACUCCAGCUAGGCUUUUGACCAAUCAAGUUGAUUGUAUUUCCAAGCCUGCUGUUGACUUGACUUAUGCUAACCCAAGCCCCACACUUGGUUGGCAUCCUCUUGGUUCAGUUUCCACUAGAAUAUGGCCUGUCUCAAGUAGGUCUCCUUCUGGUCAGACAGGAGAUGUUGGUACUUACAACUACCAGGGCAAUUUAGGAACCCCACAAACUUCUAGUUCUUACAAGGGUGGCUAUAUUGCAGGACAAACUCCUGGCCUUCUGGGUUCAGCCCAAAGAACUUCAGCAAAGGAAUUUAAGCCAGCCUCUAGCUACCUGUGGCCCACACUGAGCUUGAGCUCAAGCAGCUCUAAUCCCCUGCCAGUAGCAAGUGGUGCAGAAUUGGUUUGGUCCAGUUCUCAAACUGGGGCUGGCUUUUCUCCCAGUGGAAGAAACCUGGGAGCUUUGGGUUUAUUUCAGUCCAGAGGCCCCCAUGUAAGCUCUGGAUGUGUUCCAGGCACCUCUGGACCUUCACCAAAUGCAAGGUCUUCAGGCAACAUUGGUCUUUCCCGGACUGUGUUAUCACAAGAUGCUUUGGCCUCUCAGGGAGGCUCCCUAGCCCAGUCUUCUAGGUUCCAUAGUGGUUCUGCUGCACAAGGGGCUUAUGGCCAAUCUGCUACAGCUUCCUCCAGCAGGUUGGCCUCUGCCCUUGGACUCUCUGCACCUCAGGGUGGCUUUAGCUUGGAUUCUAGACAUACUGUAAAGACUGUUCCAAGUACCAGCUUGGGCCAUGCAACAGACCUCCAUACAAUUGAUGGUCCCAUGAAAUUUGUUCACAGCAGUAUGCCAGGCAGAGUUCCCACAUGAAAGUCUUUCUUGAUGCCUCCACAUCGACUGGUGUCCAUAUUCCUGCUGUGACUGAGUUGGCGUCUAAUAAAUGGUU